AUGAAUCCUCAAAUUUCAAAUAUAGUUCUAAAUGCAAUGGAUUUUUAUCCAAUGGAUCAUUUAUAUUUCGAUAAUUUCGAUAAUAAUAAUAGACCACUAUGUCCUUAUCUUCUUCAAAAUUACGACAAUACCCAAACAGCCACUUCAAACCACCCCUUUGUUACUUAUAUUGAAAACGCUUGCACAUACGAAUCUUUAUCAAAUUCAUUUAGAGUUCCCUCUGAGCCAAAACAAGAUAAAGAUCAAGGUUUUUUAACUAAGGAGGAACCAAACACUAGUAUGAAACUAUCUGAUGGCAAAAGGGAAAAUAUGGAAAUAAAUACAUCUAAAUGGUCCAAAGAAGAAAUCGAAACCCUACUCAAAUUUUUGAAAAAACAAAAGCAUGUGAUAAAAAAACUAGUAAAAGGGCGUGGUGGUUGUGGUAAUAUUAAAUCAAAACUCUGGUUAGAUGUCUCAAAAGAAUUAUCAUAUAAAAAAGAACCUCAGCGAUGUGAUGAGAAAUGGAAAAACAUUCUUCGGUCAUACAAGAAGCGUCCUAAUUUUAAGUAUAAAUCAGAAGUUAAAGAAAUUCUUGAGUGA